CGAGAAUCGACAGUUGUGUUUUUUGGAUCUUCAUAAUCUUCAAAAGCACCAAUGCUCGUUGAUUAUGGCUUGGAACGAAUCGCUGAAGAGUUGAUGGGCCGAAGGAAAUGGAAACUGUACCAAGAAUCCAUGUCAAGAAGUUAUCUGCAACCGUUGAACAACAAUAUAAAAAGAUCAAACCCACCCGAAGAAGAUUUAGACGAGUACUACCAUCACCACAAGGACUACAAACAGAACUUGCACCCGCACCAAGCGGACUCGGAGGGAAACGAGCCGAAAACGGGAGGCAAAGAGGAGGAGGCGAGAGGCGAAGGAGGAGGAGGAGACCGCGCGAUAGAGGGACACCAGAAGGAAAACGAAAAGGACGUCGACAGGCUGAAGGAUUGGACGCCGCAGGACAAGUGUUACUUUUGCGUGGACGGCAAGCUGGAUAGUGAACACACGACGCACGGGGUCUUGAGUCCCCGUCCAUCGGACUCGGACACUUCGGAUAGUCACAGUGACAGCGAAGUGCCUGCAUCUUUAACACCUACCUCUAGAGGACUGCUGAAUAACAACCAUAAUCAUCACAGGCAUAACGUUCAGCACCCCGUGACGCCAUCAUCAGCCAUGACGACGAUCGAGAACGUGUCCAUGGCGGCGCUGGCGGCCGCCGCCCUCUCUGGGGGCGCCAGCCCCGUAGGCACCCCCGCUGCCCCUCACCUGCCGUUCUAUAACCCGGCCAGCGUCCUGACGCAUAAUUGGUACCUCGCCAACGUCGUCCGGUUCCAGAACGCCGCCGCCAACGAUGCCGCGGUGGACAAGGCCAGCGGUGCCGGAGAGCAGCCUCUCGACCUGAGCAAGGGGGGCUCCAACAACAAUCCUCCCGCGACGGAUAGGAAGGUACCCCUGGCCAUCAAUGUGAGACUGCCGACGUUGGACACCAAACAUAUUUUCAAAUCCAAGGAACUAUACGAACUCAAAUCCGCCCUUCACCAAAACGACUAUCCCGUCUUCCAAAUGAAAAGAUCCAUCCAACUACAGCAAACACAAACCCCACCCCACGAGUUACAUGAGGAACAGACCAACCAGACAAAAGAUUUUCUCCCCUACAUCCAUGGAGUUACUGACAAA